CUGACCUCAAAAAACUUGACCUACUUUCUUGAUUGAUAAAAAUAAACAUAAAAGCUGCAAGUCAUUCUUACAAGCUAUUUCAAUUGGGAUAGCUCGUGCAAUGGCGUCAAAGCAGCUGUUAAACAUUACAAUAGUCAGUGAUGUCAUGUGACCUUGGUGUUGGGUCGGGAAGAGGAAGCUGGAAUCCGCGAUGAAAUCUGUGCAAGAUUUGUACGACUUCACAGUUCGCUGGGAACCUUUCCUUCUACGACCCCAGAUGCCUCCUGAAGGUGUCGAAAAACCUCCCCCGCAAGCUGAUUCACCAAGAGUCAACCCAAGGCUUAAGGAAGCUGGAGCAGCGGUUGGUAUUGACUUUACUGGAAAAUGUGGACGUUAUCCUAAUACACUACAGGCGCAUGUCCUUCUAGAGUAUGCCAAGGAGACAGAUGGUGGGUCAAAGCAGAAUGACAUCGCUGAGCUACUAUUCCAGGCAUAUUUCACAGAUGGUACCUACCCAGAUGCCAAAUGUCUUUUGGACAUUGCUGGUAAAGUAGGACUGGAUAAGAAUGCUGUUAAAGAUUUGUUAAAAUAUGAAGGCAAAGUUGAGGAGGCGCGUCAGAAGGCACGUUAUUGGGCACAGCAGGCUGUCUCAGGAGUGCCAUGUUUCUUCAUGAAUGGUGUGCGUACCUUCUCUGGAGCUCAGGACCCCGAUGCAUUCGUCAACAUGUUUAAGAAAGUAGCGGAGAAAUAUCCUGCCAAAUCUGAAGCUGUUUAAUGUGAUACUUGAUUACCAUUAUGUUAAAUAUAUAAUAACAAUAUGACUUUAUUGUCAUGAAAAACAAUUCCAGAAUAAUAUAGACACAAUGGCAAUAUAUAGUGGUGAUUAACGAUAGGAGAUGUUACCAAGUUAACUACUUGAACUAUGUUAUAGUAAACCUAUUACAGAGUGACCAAAAACAAUUGAAAAAUAUUUAAAUAACGGGUAGGGUUCUGCUUUUUUGGGUCACCCUGUAUUAUUAAAACAAUUAUAAAAGACACAAAUACCCAAGAGGGAGAAGUUAAUGUAGCAGUGAAAAUGAAUCUUGUAUUGAGAAUAUUGGACUAAUCAUUCAUAUACUUUAUGUUGUUAAAGGACCAAUGAAGGCAAGAUUUAAAACUAAUUUAGCAGCAUAUCUAGCCAGAUAAUUUCAGCCUUUAUAACAUUAGUAUAUCUUUGGUAAUUUCAAUGUUGGAGACUUCAUUCUGAAGAGAGCAAAAAUUCUGCUAAUUUUGGUUUAAAGGCCCUAUGAAAAGUUUAAAAAUAUCUAUUAAUUCAAAUUUUAUUUGUAAUUUACACUGAAAAUUUAUUUUAAAAAAAUCUUUGUUUUUGACUAUUUUAAUUCAAAUACUUUUUUAAAAUAUUUUUUUUCUACAAAUUUUUAAUUUGCUCUUUGCUAGCACAAUGACAAUAGUUUCAGUGUGAUUAUAUAUUUACAUUUAGAAUUUAUUAUGUUCACAAAUCUUUCCUUAGUUCUUGUUUGUAUUUUGAAUAUAAAUGUAAGAGAAUAAGGAUGUAAUUAAUAAAGAUUUAUUAUAAGUACAAAUAUUUUGAGUACAAUAGAAAAUAUAUUAUGAGUAAAGGUAAUAUAUUUACAGUACAAAGGCAUAUUCAUCAUGUAACAGUAUAAUAUGCACAAAAAUACUUUAUUGGUAUAAAAUCAUUAUAUUUACUGA